AUGCUGGUACCUGGCGCGGAUCCGGGGCCAAACCCUCCAGGGCUGCGCUGCAGACAGCGACGGCCAGAGGCGGAUACAGUCGGGUUUAGGGACCGCAGGAGCGAAUUCCCGGAGGCCUGCAGGAGCCGCCCCGCGCCGCGUCCAGCCUUUCUCUCUGGGCCUAGCGGGUCUCCCCCAGGCGCGCCCCUCCCUCCCCACAGGCGCACUUUCUCCACCUGCAUCUGGGGCGAGGCGCGGCUGGGAGCGAAGCACAAGUGGGCUGGGCGAGGUUUGGGGUUCGAGGAUUGCAGAGUGACCGCGGGGUCUGGGGAAGAGUUGUCUUGGUGGCGCCACCAGAGCCCGACCCGCCGCGGCCGGGACCCUGCAGGGCAGGUAGCGACCUGCGGAGAAGCCGCCUGGCGCGGCCGACUCGGCUGCCGGGGCGUGGGCCUGGGCCGGGCGCAGGAGCAGCGGGGAUGCUGGGUGCGCUCCGAGGGUGCGGCCUCCCGGCUGUGCGGGGCUCAGAGCCGGGUGCUGGGCGCGGGGCCUGGCAAAGAAAUCGUUCGACACAGCCGGAAUCCCAGGAAAAUCUACCUUUCUGGAGACUGCAGCUCCUGUGAUAGCUCAACAGACUUCAGUUCCUCACAAAUAUUGCUCUCUACGGUUUCCCCCAAAACACUUCAGGAAAUACAGUGUCCUGUCUUCACAAAUGCUUCUGCAUCUGAAUUCUCAUGCUGUGCUGUGCUCAUAGAGGCACCCAUCACAAGGCAGUUAAUCUCAAAUGCCCAACAGCAGGAAGCCUCUUUUCUUCUGGAGGCAGGAAGAUUGCCAAUGGCUCCCAGCAAACAUCUGCUGACUUGGUCACUCCUGGGAGAAAGUUGCUGUCCCCAGACAGGUUCAGCACAAUCCUGGGUUGCUCAUCACACGCUGUUUGGCAUAACUGGGAUCAUGUACCCAUCCUGAGCCAAUCACUGCAGCCAGCCCUGAACCAGAAGCAGGGAUCGUCAUGUACCCAUCCUGAGCCAAUCACUGCAGCCAGCCCUGAACCAGAAGCAGGGAUCGUCAUGUACCCAUCCUGAGCCAAUCACUGCAGCCAGCCCUGAACCAGAAGCAGGGAUCGUCAUGUACCCAUUCUGAGCCAAUCACUGCAGCCAGCCCUGAACCAGAAGCAGGGAUCGUCAUGUACCCAUCCUGAGCCAAUCACUGUAGCCAGCCCUGAACCAGAAGUAGGGAUCAGCCCCCAGUCGAAGGACUUGGGCAAAGAGUAGGGGAGGGGUUCUAGGUGGGCUGUGGACACUGAUGAGGACAGGAGCUGGAGUGGGUGCUACUCCAGUUACCAUAGUCUCACGGGUCCUGGAAUGGUGCUACAGGAGCCCAAGUGGGAUUCUCUAGCUCUGCAAACUCAGGAGUCACAGUUGGGUCCAUAGUGUUGAUAUUUCUGGUCUCUGUAUAAGAAAUGUAUUUUGUUGGACUAAUCAAGUUGUAAUGUUUUUUAAAUGAAGGAAGAAUUUAUAUCACAGUCAUCACUUAGAUUUGUAAGGAUAAGCCCUUCAUUCUCUUUAGAAGGGAUAAAAGUUUACACGAGGAAAAAGGUCUGUAACUAGAGUUACAUAAAUAUAAAAAACCCUUAAAUUUCAAUAUCCUUUAUCUUUUCUUAUCCUUUUUCGUAUUUCUAAUUUGGAACCACUUGUUCUAUAAGAAGUACAUUUUUUCUUUUGAAUUGCAUUUUAUUCCUUGCUAAUAUUCCCGUAAAAUCCAUUCUAAAAUAUUAAUGAAUGCUUAUUUUCAUUGGCUGUCAUAAGAUUGUGUUACCAAGUGAGAUGUGAAUUGCAGGCUCACAGGAUGAGUGUGUUUGCCUGCAAACCAUGUGAAAAUGAAUGUAACCCUAAGAAAACAUUAUACCAAAAGUGGUAGUCUCUGCAGUCUGUCAACCUUGGGUAGAGUUUUAAUACAUUAUACCGUGGUAAGUGUGUUAAAGUACAGGCGUAACUCAUUUUGGUGUACUUUGCUUUAUUGCACUUCUCAGAUACCGUGUUGUGUUUUGUUUUUCUGGUUUCUUUUUUAAACAAAUUGAAGGUUUGUGGCAAGUCUACAUUGAUAUAGUCACUGGUGCCAUUUUUCCAACAGCAUGUGCUCACUUCCUGUCUCUGUGUCACAGUUUGGUAGUUCUCAUAAUAUUUCAAACCUUGUUAUUUUUAUUAUAUCUGUUAUGAUAAUCCAUGACCAGUGAUUGUCGGUGUUACUAGUAUGAAAUGUUUCAGGCCAUCACAAACUGCACUCAUAUAAAACAAUGGACUUAAUCAAUAAAUAUUUUAUGUGUUCUGACUAUUCUCCUUACUGGCCAUUUCCUCAUCUGUCUCCCUCUUCUAAGAUCUCUCUAUUCCCUGAGACCAAACAAUAAUAAAAUUAGUCCCAAUAAUAAGCUUACAGCGGCCUCUAAGGGUUCAAGUAAAAGAAAGAGUCACAUGUCUCUCACUUUAAAUCAAAAGCUGUAAAUGAUUAGUUUACUAAGGAAGGCGUGUCAGGAGCCGAGACAGGCUGAAAGCUACAUCUCUUGCACUGAGGAGCCAAGUAGUGAAUGCAAAGAAAAACUCAUCGAAGGAAAUUAAAAGUGUCUCCACUGAACACAUGAACCAUAAGAAAGCAAAACAACCUUAUUGCUUAUACGGAGAAGUUGGAGUGGCCUGGAUAGAAGACCCAGCCAGCCAUCAGAACAUCCCCUUAAGCCAAAGCCUAAUCCAGAGCAAGGCCCCAACUCCCUUUAAUUCGAUGAAGGCUCAGAGAAUUGAGGAAGUUGCAAAAGAAAAGC